AUGGCUCUCCAGACACGUCUGGUCAGCUGCUUGCUCUUGUCUUCUCUGCUCUUGAAUACUGCCUCGAGUACACCAUUCAGACCCAAAAGACAGUCGUCGGAAUGUCGUAGGACACAAGUCCUGGUGCUAGGAGGCGGCCUUGCUGGUGUCACGGCCGCCCAGACUUUAGCUAACAACUCCAUCGAUGACUUCGUCAUCGUUGAAUACAACAACGAUCUCGGAGGGAGAAUCGCCCACACCACCUUUGGUGAAGACCAAGAUGGCAAUCCCUACACCGUUGAGCUUGGGGCAAACUGGGUGCAAGGCAUUGAGAACGAAGAGACCGGCGCGGUCAAUCCCAUCUGGCUCCUCGCUCAGAAGUACAAUAUCACCAACACUUAUUCGAACUACAGCAGUAUCGAAACAUUCAAUGAAACUGGUCCGGUGGAUUUCAGCGAUCUCUUGGACGAGAUUGAUGUGUCGUACACUCAGAUGCAAACAGACACUGGCCGGUUCAUCCUCGAUAACAUCCAAGACUACAGCGUGAGGUCUGGCCUUAGUCUUGCAGGAUGGAAACCGAAGAAGGAUGCGCAGAAGCAAGCGGUAGAGUGGUGGUACUUUGAUUGGGAGUAUAGCUGGCAGCCAGAGGUGUCGUCCGCCAUGUUCAGCAUGGCAAACUACAACACGACCUUUUACCAGUGGUCGGACGAAAACAAUUUUGUGUGGGACUCCCGAGGAUUCAACACAAUCGUUAAAGGAGAGGCCUCGGAGUUCCUCAACUGUACGACAGACUCCUACGACUGCUCAAACGACGACCGCUUGCUCCUCAACACGAUCGUCACCAACCUUACUUACUCUGACGAGGGAGUUAUCGUCCUCACCGAAGACGGGACCUGCCUCGAGGCCGACUUUGCAAUUUGCACGUUCAGCCUGGGCGUGCUGCAAAAUGAGGUUGUUACCUUCGAACCACAGCUGCCCGAGUGGAAAACUCGAGCCAUUAACACAUUCCAGAUGGGAACGUACACCAAGAUUUUCAUGCAGUUCCCUCCGGACCAAGUCUUCUGGGACACGGACACGCAGUUCUUCCUCUAUGCCGAUCCGCGCGAACGUGGAUACUACCCAGUCUUCCAAUCCUUGGAUGGACCUGGUUUCAUUAACGGUAGCGGAAUUCUCUUCGUCACUGUUGUGCAAGACCAGAGCUAUACCGCGGAGGCGCAAGGCAGCAACGUCACCGAAGGAGAGGUGAUGGAAGUCUUGCGCAAGAUGUAUGGACAGGACAUUCCGGAUCCUACAGCCUUCAUGUACCCGACCUGGUCGCUCGAACCGUGGACGUAUGGAUGCUACUCGAAUUGGCCUCAAGGGACAACUUUGGAACAGCAUGCGAAUCUUCGAGCCAACCUAGACCGUCUUUAUUUCGCAGGCGAGGCUACUCAUCCUGAGUACUAUGGAUUUCUCCAAGCAGCGUACUACGAAGGACAAACGGCGGCUCAAACUAUUGUUGACUGCCUGAAGGGUAAUGACUGCCAGGAGUACCCACGUUAUGAGGUCUUACACGGCACGACUGGGAUGGCUGAGUAUAAUGCGACGAACGGCUGGACCGUCUCCUCGUUCCAGGGCUAUCCGCCGGACUCGUGA